AUGGGACCGAUUUUGGUUGAUAUUUUGGCACCUGCCCUUACAUUUCCAUCGAACCUCUCACAGUCUGAAAUUAUAAGUGGUACAUCGUUGUCAUUAGGACUUCCAGAGGAUCAAUUGGAGUUCCUUUCACUAGGUGAAUCUCAUCUAUGUUGUCUGAUAAAGAAUUCAAAAUUCUCUUUGGAUUUUAUUGAAUCUUUAUAUCAGGAGAAUACACUGUUACAUCAUCGAUUUGAAAAGAGUGCGGAGGCAGUCGAAGCACUACAGGAAUCGUUGAUGCAGACAACACAGCAACUACAGGAGAAACAAUCGUUGAUCUACCAACAGCAUCAAACCAUGACCAUGUUGUCACACAAAGAAAGACAACUCUCUGAAGAACUCAAUCAAUGGAAGAACAAAUACGAAGAGGAACUUUAUAAACGAAAGAAAAAUGAAAAGAGAAUCGAACGUAUGAGAAUGCCAAAGAAUGGUUCAACAACUCCAACCAAUAGUAAUAAUAAUAAUAGUAACAACAAUAGUAACAACAAUAAUAGUAAUAGUAGUAACAAUAGUAAUAGUAAUAAUAGUAGUAAUCCAAUGUAUUUAAUUAAUUCACCAACACCAUCACCUUCAAUGUUGACAUCAACAGCAGCAAUGUCACCAUACUUGGAACGAGAGAUCGAGCGACACAAAGACCGUGAGAUCGAAUUCAAGAAGGAACGCCAACAACUUUUGGAUCAACAACUCCAACAACACGCCGUCCAACAAGUAACACAAGCCGCCCAAUUGAAAUCACCAUCGAUCUCACCAUCGACUUCAUCCAACUCUAUAAACACGCUUACCAACAACAUUUGUAAUACAUCUAAUAAUAAUAAUAAUAAUAAUAAUAAUAGUAACAGUAGCAACAGCAACAACAACUGUAAUAGUAUAAUAGUUGGAAUUAAUAGUUUGAGUAGUGGCAAUCUUCAAAGUAAACUAAACUCUGUCGCAACGUAUGCAGGUUGCAACAAUGAGAAUACCGCGGCACUCAUACAAGACCGACACUCCAAGCGGUCAUCUUCACUCUCCUCACAGACAUCACCGAUCAGAUUCACCGUCACACCCACACCUGUAAAGAAAACACCAUGCUCGACGCCAACCACACCGAUCAGCUCAUCCAUUCCAAACCUCAACGACUUUAAAUCACCAUCUUCACCCUAUAAAUCACACAACCAAUCAGUUCAAUCACCAAACUUUAGAGAAACAGAGUUAUUCGUAAAUUGUCGACAAUGUAAAUGUAAUAUUUUUAGAGAAACACAACUUAAAUGGGUUUGUGAUUGUGGGCACCUAAAGAUAACACAUAAGCCUUGUAAUGAGAAGGCAUUAAGCCCAAGACCCAACUCAUCGUCGUCAUCCUCUUCUACAUCAUCAGCAUCAUCGCCUUCACCUUCACUGAAUUAG